CUGACAGGAGGAGGCGGAGCGGGGCCGGGCCGGGCCGGGCCGGGCCGCGCAGCUUUGUCAGGCCUGACAGGCGGGAACUGAAUUGCUCUGAGGUCGCACACAAGUCGUCGCGCGCAGGUCAUCGCGCCGCGUUGCCUCGUGCAGCCAGGCCGCUGCGCGCUGCGCCUGCCGCCUGUCGGAGCCGCCCCGGCCCCGUGAAGGGGAUGCGCCCUCACGCUCUCCGGCGAGAACUUCGACGCGUCCGGUAAAGGGCUUCGCGCUCCUGAACCCGCCCGCCUGCCCGGGAGAUGGUUGUGCGGCUCUGCCCACAGCUGCUGAGAGGUCUCCGAGCAGACCCUUUAUUCACCCAGCUUUGGAAAGGCGCGUUUGGAGCUAGAGGAGAGCAGGCUAGUUACUGUUUGGACUUCAUGAAGAUAAAUUCCUGGGACUGCUGAACUCCCCAACUCCCCCUAUCCUUUCCACCAUGGACCAGGAUUACGAGAGACGUCUCCUACGCCAAAUCAACAUACAGAAUGAAAACACGAUGCCUUGCGUAGCAGAGAUGAGAAGAACACUGACGCCUUCCAAUUCUCCGAUGUCUUCUCCUAGUAAACAUGGAGACAGAUUUAUUCCCUCAAGAGCUGGGGCCAACUGGAGCAUUAACUUCCACAGAAUAAAUGAAAAUGAAAAAUCACCAAGUCAAAACAGAAAAGCAAAGGAUGCUACAUCGGACAAUGGCAAAGAUGGCCUUGCUUACUCUGCCUUGCUGAAGAAUGAACUCUUAGGAGCAGGAAUUGAGAAAGUUCAGGACCCACAGACAGAGGACAGGAGACUGCAGCCAUCCACCCCUGAGAAGAAGUCUCUCUUCACUUAUUCCCUCAGCACAAAGCGCUCCAGUCCAGAUGAUGGCAAUGAGGUGUCACCAUAUUCGUUGUCUCCUGUCAGCAACAAAAGUCAGAAGCUGCUAAGAUCACCUCGAAAACCAACACGGAAAAUCUCAAAGAUUCCUUUCAAAGUGCUGGAUGCCCCAGAGCUGCAGGAUGACUUCUAUCUGAACCUGGUUGACUGGUCCUCUCUUAAUGUCCUCAGCGUUGGCCUCGGGACUUGUGUUUACCUAUGGAGCGCUUGUACUAGCCAGGUAACUCGAUUGUGUGAUCUGUCUGUGGAAGGAGACUCUGUAACAUCUGUGGGCUGGUCGGAACGGGGGAACUUGGUAGCAGUUGGCACUCACAAGGGUUUUGUACAGAUCUGGGAUGCGGCUGCAGGAAAAAAGCUUUCUAUGCUGGAGGGGCACACGGCUAGAGUUGGUGCAUUGGCGUGGAAUGCAGACCAGCUUUCUUCUGGGAGUCGGGACAGAAUGAUCCUUCAGAGAGACAUCCGAACCCCACCUCUACAGUCUGAGCGGCGGCUCCAGGGCCAUAGGCAGGAAGUUUGUGGGCUCAAGUGGUCUACUGACCACCAACUCCUGGCAUCUGGAGGAAAUGAUAACAAGCUUCUUGUCUGGAAUCACUCCAGCCUAAGUCCUGUCCAGCAAUACACAGAGCAUCUUGCAGCAGUAAAAGCUAUUGCAUGGUCUCCGCACCAACACGGCCUCCUUGCCUCUGGCGGUGGAACAGCUGACCGCUGCAUACGGUUCUGGAACACGCUCACAGGACAGCCUUUGCAGUGCAUUGACACUGGGUCGCAAGUGUGUAACUUGGCCUGGUCUAAACAUGCCAAUGAGCUAGUGAGUACCCAUGGAUACUCUCAAAACCAGAUCCUCGUCUGGAAAUAUCCCUCGUUAACUCAAGUAGCAAAGCUAACAGGACACUCAUACCGAGUCUUAUAUCUGGCGAUGUCCCCUGAUGGGGAGGCGAUAGUUACAGGAGCUGGAGAUGAAACCUUGCGGUUCUGGAAUGUCUUCAGUAAAACUCGCUCAACAAAGGAGUCUGUAUCCGUUUUAAACCUCUUCACCAGGAUACGGUAAACCCUCUGUAUUAUAACCCAGGAGACCACAGUCUGACGUACCAGGAUAAAACCACUAACUUGGUGUGCAUGGAACCCCAAACAGUCAGCCAGAAGGGGAGUGAGUGUCGGUGGCACUGGAGGAUGGAUCUAACAGAUGCUAAUUAAAUGUGUACUUGUGAACCACAUUGGGCAGUAUUCGGGAUGGGGUUGGGGAGGGGAGGGACUUGCCAAAGGUUUACGGAUUUAUCCUUCGUAAAGGGGGACAGGUACAAGAGUGUUAAAACAGCAUCCUCCAACCCUUAUUCUGCAUACUGGAGAAAACAUGUAUGAUAUGGACCAUUAAGACCGGACCAAGACCAUCCCAACUGCUGUGUUGUCUCCUCUUAGGAGAGAUGAGUAUCCUUGCCUUUGUGGGGAAGGGGUUUAAUGUGCUGCUUUGGGUCCCUCUAUCCUAGAGUGGACAUUUUUGGAGGUAGGAACUAGCCAGACUUGUUCAAUGCGACUGGUGCAAGGGGACUAGACUCCAGACUGGGUGUUAGCCUUUCUCAUAUCUAAGGACAUUGUUUACAGCCUGGGAUCUACAUUACAUGAAGGAACUGGAGAACUGAGUAUUUUUCUUUGCAUUUUUUCCAAAUAAAACAGGUACUGCAGGGCUCGAUACAACCAUUCCCGUAAGACAGUUUAACAUUGGCACACCUAACAACUGGCUUCAAACAAAUACAUUUUUGGGCUCUAAACUUUAAAAGAGAUUUAAAGAGGCUCCACCUUUGAGGGAGUACAUUCAAAGAAUUUUAAAAUUGCUAUUGCAUGUUCUAGGCUGAUCUCCAAACUUUUUUAGUUAAUGAAGAGGAAAAACAAUGUCUUUAAAAAAAAAAAAAGUAUUUGGAGCUUCGCACAGUGCCAUUUGUUACAGGCUAGUUGCUCUAGAGUUUUUCUGAGGACAAAAGCAGUUGAGAUGUGGUUAAAACAAAACUACUGUAGAUCUGUUUUUCAAAGAAAGCAUUGCCUCUUCUGGCUGGAAGGGGGGAAACACCAAGGCUGGGUGAGGGUUUUUUUUAUGCAAGGAAGAAGUGUUGGGGUUUUUUUUUUUUUUUUAUCUCUAAGUCAAAGCCAGGGACUUGUUGAUUUUGUUUGUUUUGUUUUUCUUUUUUAAAAAAAAGUUGUAUGGGAAGAGAGUGCCUGCCUGUGUGUUUGGAGCCCAUGUGAUGAGUGCAGUGGGAUGUGAUGCCAAGCACUUGUGUGUAUGUGUUGCUUUUAAUUUAAAGAGAAGCUGUUAUGCUUGCAGCAGCCUGUUCCUGUCUUACUUUGUACAUGUGCCAACGCUCUCCCUGCUGUGCACCUGGCUCUUCUGUCUGCCUCAUGCCCUCUCUAGUACAUUUGGAUGUGAGUGCUGUUUCCUGUUCUCAUUUGGAUUUUCCUGGCUGUGUAUAUAGACCUUGACCCAUUCUCUGUAGAGUGUAUAGGCAAUACUUCCCCCCUGCCUUUUUUUUUUUUCUUUUUGGAAACCAGACUGCAAGGGUGGAGGUGGGAAUACAACUGCCUCUUCCCAGUGCCACCAGUAUCCUUAGGGUAAGCUUCUGAGAUUGGAAGGCUGAAACGGAGAAGGGCAGCAUAGUGCAGCUCUGUUCACUACAGCCUUGACCAAGUGUGCCGUUUACACCAGUGCCUGGAUCGGGCUCUUCUGUGGCUUGACACUACCUCCACAUAUUGCAGAUACUUGGAGGUGCUUGUGCGCUGGGAGUUCACCGCUCCUUAGCAAACGGCCAGCACUGGAUCUCGAAAGCCCAAAGCAGCAGCCACAUCAUCUUACUGUAGCCUCGCUUGCCUCAAACAUAAUUUCAACACCAGUCUAUAAACGUAACUUCAAUGUAAUUUCUGAAACACAAUUUCAACACAACUACUUUAUUGUAGUAGGUACUGCAGGAGUAUGAGGCUUUGUUAAAAACCGUCUAAUGGCCUCCCAGUUCCUCCUUCGUUGCUCGUUACAUUCACUGGCGUUGUUAAAUGGAUAGUGUGGAAGGACCACUGAAAAGCACUGGGGAGUUGUUAAUUAAGUCAGAUCAUUAAGUUGGGAAGCAAGUUUGAACUGAAAGGCUAGUGUCAGGGAGUCAUGGCCUGUCACGGGUGUCUGUCCUGUUGUAAUGUCACCCUUUUUGGGACAGCAGAGCCUGGCAAAGGGGGUUUCUUACACUUCGUGGGUGAAGGUGGUUGGUAGCUGCUGCUGUUGAUUUCUUUCCUGCUGUGUCCUGGGAUCUCUCCUACCUAAAUCCUGAUGUGCAGCCCCCUAGGAGACACUACUUUCUUCUUGAGGAAUAAACCUUUAAGUGGAGUGGGGGCAAGGAGGAGGUUUCUGAAGUUGCACACAGGUGACCCCAGAAAGUGGGGUGACUUCACACUGGUUUGUGCCCAUCCUGGAGAAGGGAGUGCGGGGUUGUGCUGGAGGAGGAAGCCAGGCAGUCCUGACCGCGAGCGUGGGCGCUUGCUGGGGCUCGGGUGUCCCCUCCUCGGGGCUCCCGUCCUGCUUGGGAUUGGGCUCCACCUCUCACCCCGCGACACGGGUGCCUUCCUUCGAGGAGUCCCCGGCGCGGCUGGGGAGAAGGGCGGCGUGGUGAGGGUGCGCACAGCCUGUGCUGUGGCCGCAGCUCGGUGCUCUCUCAUCUCCUAGCGUCCGGCUGGGCCCCGAGGAGGCUGUCGAGGGGGUCAAGCCCCUCGCUGCUCCGUUGCUGGCGCUGUACUUCUCUUCUGCCAGGCGCUUUCACAAACUAUUUCUUGCUUUUCUUUCUUUGGAGCUGCCUUGUGAGCAGGUGGGGUUGUGACUUCCUCUUCCGUCACAUUUGGCAGGGAGGGCUAGCGAUUCCCAAUCCAUAGCUAGUCUGUGGUUGAGCGGCUUGGCUAACGAGCACGGAGAGAACGAGCUGUUCAGUUUGAUUUAGCUGUUACAGUAUGGCACAAACUCCUUCCCCCACUCUGCUAGCAGCUGCCAAGGCAGGAGUGGAGUUACCUGCAGAGAGCACUUCUGGGAUUUUGCUGCGAGAGUGUGCGUUUGUGGGUGUGUGCAUAUGUCUCGGCUCAUAUAGGCAAGUGGUGUGACGCUGUUGGCUGGCUGGAGUGUGCUGCAGUAUGUUAACUGGGGAAAAGAGCAAAACUAUCGUAAGCUUGUGAUCGCCCCCCCCCCCUUUUUUUUUGGUGUAUGAUCUGUAAGUACUGAACUGUGCAGGCGGGUUGAGCAAAGGGUCCUCCCGGAGUUUAUGCGAUAAAGUCUGCAACCUCGUGGCAUUGUUAUAUAUAAGGCAUCAUAUGGUGGAAGAAAAACAUAGAGUGUUGUAACUUUUCCAUGUAAAGCAAUCUAACUGGCAUUAAACAAGUUGUGACUUUAA